CUCUGGUCAUCUCCUGUACUGUGUCCGCAGUCUCUGAUCAUCUCCUGUACUGUGUCCGCAGUCUCUGAUCAUUCCUGUACUGUGUCCGCAGUCUCUGGUCCAUCUCCUGUACUGUGUCCGCAGUCUCUGUCAUUUCCUGUACUGUGUCCGCAGUCUCUGGUCAUCUCCUGUACUGUGUCCGCAGUCUCUGUCAUCUCCUGUACUGUGUCCGCAGUCUCUGGUCAUCUCCUGUACUGUGUCCGCAGUCUCUGGUCAUCUCCUGUACUGUGUCCGCAGUCUCUGGUCAUCUCCUGCACUGUGUCCGCAGUCUCUGGUCAUCUCCUGCACUGUGUCCGCAGCCUCUGG